UAUUCGUGAAGCUGACUGUAGUCAUCUUGCUCUGUACACAGAUGGGCUUGGGCCACGAGGAAGGAUUUGGUGCCCCGUGCUUAAAAUGCAAGGAAAAGUGUGAAGGAUUUGAGCUUCAUUACUGGAGAAAAAUAUGCCGCAACUGCAAAUGUGGCCAGGAAGAGCACGAUAUCCUCUCAAGCAAUGAGGAAGAUCGGAAAGUGGGGAAACUCUUUGAAGAUACAAAAUACACGACCCUUAUUGCAAAGCUGAAGAGUGAUGGCAAUCCUGUUUAUAAGCGCAAUGUAAUGAUACUGACCAAUCCAGUGCCAGCCAAGAAGAACAUAUCCAUCAAUACCGUGACUUAUGAGUGGGCUCCUCCUGUUCAGAAUCAGACACUUGCUAGACAGUACAUGCAGAUGCUACCAAAGGAGAAGCAGCCUGUUGCUGGCUCAGAAGGCGCACAGUACAGGAAGAAGCAGUUGGCUAAGCAGCUGCCUGCUCACGAUCAAGAUCCUUCAAAAUGCCAUGAGCUCUCCCCCAAUGAGGUUAAGCAGAUGGAACAAUUUGUGAAGAAGUACAAAAACGAGGCACUUGGCGUAGGAGAUGUCAAACUCCCUGGUGAUGUGAAAGGGAGAGCUGCUGACGAGGAUAACCUGAACAAUGGUGACAGAGGCACCUCAUCUGUUGUAGGAGCAAUGGAGGACAAGUCCUCAGAUCAGAAAGCAUCUCAGUAUUCCUGCUAUCACUGCAAACUGAACAUGAAAGAAGGCGACCCAGCUGUCUAUGCAGAACGUGCUGGAUAUGACAAAUUGUGGCACCCGGCUUGUUUUGUGUGUUGCACCUGCAGUGAACUUCUAGUAGACAUGAUCUAUUUCUGGAAGAAUGGCAACCUGUACUGUGGAAGACAUUAUUGUGAUAGUGAAAAACCCCGCUGUGCUGGAUGUGAUGAGCUGAUAUUCAGCAAUGAAUAUACUCAGGCGGAAGGUCAAAACUGGCAUCUGAAGCACUUCUGCUGUUUUGAUUGUGACUGUGUUUUGGCUGGGGAGAUCUAUGUAGUGGUGAAUGAGAAACCAGUCUGCAAAUCCUGCUACGUGAAGAACCAUGCUGAGAUCUGCCAAGGCUGUCAUAAUGCUAUAGAUCCAGAAGUUCAGCGUGUGACAUACAACAACUUCAACUGGCAUGCUACUCAGGAAUGCUUCCUGUGUUCCUGUUGCAGCAAGUGUCUAAUUGACCAGAAGUUCAUACCUGUGGAAGGGAUGGUUUUCUGCUCAGUGGAAUGUAAGAAAAAGAUGAUGUCAUAAGAGAAGACAUGCACAGAACCAACCAAGCAUUGCUAUGUUCCAAAGGCUCUUGCAUUUCUACUGUAAAUUAUAUAGUAUCAGGGCAUUGAAAGUUAUUGAAAGUAUUAAAUAGCAAUUCCCAAAGAAUUUUUUUUGAAUGACUAAAUCUUCCUAUGUAAUCUUCAUUUCUUAGCUACAAUAAUACUUUCUUUUUUGAAAUACUGUUCCUGACUUACUUCAAAUUACUUCAUGUCCCAGAAAUAUAAGAAAAAAUGUGUUAUGAACUAUAUACACUUUAAAGGAGCUCUUCACUGUGAAGGAUCUCGUUGCUGCAUCUUGUCUAAUAGAACAAGAAAAUGUGAAAAUGCUCCAAUUUAUCUUGGUCUGUAUGAUAAAUGUAACCCUUACACCUCUGGUUUCACUAAUUUAUCAUUUUUAUAGCUUUCCUGCUUUCAUCAAGCACUUUAGACAAAAUGAUCCAUUUUACUGCCACAUACGGCUUUGUUUGCCUGACCUCCAGUAUGCAGGGAGAAUGACACUUAAAAAAAAUUUGCGUGUAAUCAUUUGCUUGUUUUUGACACGUGGGUUCUUGAGGAAUAGUGACUACUCUUAAAUGUAGUUUUGAAAGCAACUCCACCAGUAGAAAACUCUGUUGGCUUAUGUUUUCCUCUUACAACUGUUCAUACUUGAAAGAGUUUUAAUUUUAUGAAUACUGAAGUUAGGUUAUGGACUGGGGGAAGAGUGUUGGUGUUAGAAAAUAAGAACAGGUCUUGCCUAGAUU